GGGAAGUCUGCCUGGGAGACACACUGCACUUAAUCCAGCUGCCUGGGAGGGAAAAACAGAUCCUGAGGCAGUUUAGAGGAAGGAGCGGGCAAUUUUCAGCCCUUCUAUCUGAUACAAACUCAGUCCAUUUCUAACCACACACACAGGCUUUUACUCAAACACACCACACUGUGGCAGGUGGCCUCUGCCCAGAUCAGUAGCUGUGGUAGAAACCAUCUGAAGUGACUGACAGAGGUUUCAACUGAGGUUUGGAGCCUCCCUGACUGAGCGUGAGCAGAGUUAGGAGCUGGAGCUUCACUUUCUUUCCUAGUGCAGAGAGACCGCACGUCAGGCACGAGGCUCUCCACUCCUCCCCUCUUCUACUCAUCCUUUGCUUGGGCUCUCGUCCAGAGAAUGACUGGCUCCAGUGGACCCAAGAGGAGGAACACAGACUGAAGACAGAGCACACCAGCUCCAGCUCCAGAUCUGCCAGUCUGCCCUCCUACUGGGAUAGACUUAUACACUGAGGUUUUACAAAUUAGCAUCUACACCUUUGUGGGAUUCAUAGAUCUGAUUUUUUUCUACCUUCUUUUCAUUCAUCACAUCAGAAAGAGUGGAUCUAAGCUGUUCAUACAGACAGACAAAAAAAACAGACGGACUGACAUAUGGACAGAGGACAGUGAGCACUGCGGCGUGAAUGUAGCAAGUGGACUUCUCUUCUCCCUGGUUACUAAAACCAAACAAGGAUAAUACCCAAAGCACUACCCUGUCCACAGAGGUAGUGGGUGGAUGCAGCUUUCAGUCGACUGCUAUAGGGGAAAGCAGAGGCUAUAUAGAAGCUGCAGAGAUACACUGAGCCAAUUCACAUUGUUUUGAUCAUUAGAAAAUGGACUGCUACCUCCAAGCAAGCUCUUGUUGGAUUGUUAUAUUAAAGAUUGUAUCUUACUGAACAGUAUUUGCAGAACGCUGCUGAGCAAACACCUGUGGGCAAUUUCUUUUUUUCCGAAGACCUAGGAGGCUACGUUGAGACUCUGGACUUGCAUGGCUUCUAAAUAGGCAAAUGUAGAAUGUGUAUAUCAAUGAUGAUGGUAGAGUGCAUACGGACUGUGUAUCUCUCGCUGAUGCUGCUGUAUAUUGCUCUGCUGGGCAUGACACACACAGCACACAGCAUCAACCCAAGGAUACGUCUCUCCAACAAAGAGCUUUGGCAGCUGAACAGGACUUGGGUGUUCCAGAAACAUGGAGUGUCACUUCAACCCCAGACCAUGCUGCUGGAUGAGGGCCACGAGAGGCUUUAUGUUGGUGCCAAGAAUGCUCUGUUCUCUCUUAGCCUGGACCAGGUUAACACACACCAUGCAGAGAUCCAGUGGGCCAGUACAGACUAUCAGGUGGAGGAAUGUCUCAUGAAAGGGAGGGAAAAGCAAGAGUGUGCAAACUACAUAAAGGUCUUACAACAGUACAACCAGACCCAUCUGUUGGCCUGUGGAACAGGAGCCUUCAACCCUAUCUGUGCUGCGGUCAGAGUUGGGCAUACAUGGCAGGACAGGCUGUUUGCUCUUGAAGAAGAGAGCAUUACAAGUGGCAGAGGACGAAGUCCUUAUGACCCCAACAGUCCCUGCACAUCAGCGUUAUCCAGAGGAGAGCUUUAUAUUGGCCUCUACACUGAUUACUGGGAGAACGAUGGUGCUUUGUGUCGACUUAACAACCAGACCUACACACGCACAGAAAGAAACGACAGAUCCCAGCUAAAUGAACCCAAAUUUGUUGGGUCAGCAGUUAUACCUGACAAUGACGACAGAGGUGAUGAUAAAGUUUACUUCUUUUUCACUGAGCGAGAGAUGGAUGCCGAAGGUGUGACCAAGGCCGUUUAUUCCCGUAUUGGACGGGUCUGUGCGAAUGACCAAGGAGGACAGAGGAUGCUGGUGAACAGAUGGACCUCCUUCCUGAAAACUCGUCUGAUCUGCUCUGUGGCUGGACCCAAUGGCAUCGAUACGCAUUUCGAUGAGCUCGAGGACGUGUUUGUGCUCAACAACAAGGAUGAGAAAAACCCAGAAGUCUUUUGCCUCUUUAGCACAACAAGCACGGUGUUUAAAGGUUAUGCAGUCUGUGUCUAUCACAUGGAUGACAUCAGAGCAGCCUUCAAUGGGCCUUUCGCCUUCAGAGAGAGACCUGAGCAUCACUGGACACCUUAUGAGGACAGAGUCCCCUAUCCUCGACCUGGAUCUUGUGCCAGUAAAGUGAACGGUGGUGGCUUCUCCAGCUCUAAGGAGUUCCCUGAUGAGGUCCUGCGUUUUCUGCGUUCUCACCCAGUGAUGUAUAAUCCAGUCCUUCCACAACAUCAUAGACCAGUCCUAUUACAGACAGAACCAGGCAGAAGAAAGUUGACCCAAAUUGCAGUUGACAGAGUCCAAGCCCAAGAUGGACACUACCACGUUCUUUACAUUGGCACAGAUGACUCAGUGGUGUUUAAAUUUAUCACCAUCUACAACAAAGACACAGAUACUAUGGAGGAGGUGCUGCUGGAAGAGCUAGAAGUUUUCAGGGUAAAAACACCAGUGAGAGAGAUCCUAAUAUCACCUAAAAGGCAACAGCUGUAUGUUGGGUCAGAAGUGGGUUUGGCUCAGGUCAGACUGCAUCAAUGUGACCUCUAUGGUUCAGAAUGUGCUGACUGUUGUCUGGCCAGAGAUCCCUACUGUGCCUGGGAUGGUAUUACCUGCUCCAGAUACUACCCUGCUGGAGUCUACCCCAGCAGGAGCAGGCGAUUCAGGCGGCAGGAUGUGCGCCAUGGCAACGCUGUCCAGCUGUGCAAUGGACUGCAAAUUGAUGAUGAAAAAUGGCACAGAGCUAAAGACAGGCUGGUGUACGGGGUGGAGAGCAAUAGCACUUUACUGGAAUGUGUCCCGCGAUCACUUCAAGCCAAGGUCCUUUGGUUCUUCCAGAAAGGAGGGGAGAACCAUCAGAUGUGGCGCAUGCGCGCAAAAGUGGGAGGCGGAGUGGAUGCUGAUCGCUCUCUAUCCGCUGCCCUGUGCUCUCUAUCCCCCGGCGAUCAGACAGACACGGACAGGGGAUAUCUCAGGAAGGCUGGGCAGGAUGGGGAGACAGAUCAGCUGUUGAUGAAGGUACUGUUUCUCUUCGGUUUCUCUUGA